AUGCAUGAUGAGGAUCAACCAUCAACCAGUCUUGCCCAUGUUUCUCUAGCUGAACUGUUUGCAGGACCGCGGCCUCAGACUUUAUAUACAAGGUACCUAAGCCUGAGGUACAUCGGCCAUGAGGAUACAUUCACUGCAAGAUGGCUUGAGGAUUUCAUUGAUUCAGCUGCCAUAAAUAGCUUGGCAACGGAUAUGUUGAGCCGAGACCUCAUUAAAGCUUUCUAUGAUGCCGCCAAUGUGCCCCAAAAGCGCAAAAAGCCAAAUGUCUUCCGCCGUGCUCUCCGACGAAUUGGACGAUGCUUUGGACGAUGCUUUGGAUGUUGCUGUAGACCACAAACUGAUUAGUGCCGAUUUUCAAGACUCUGACUUUUUAAAAUAGAUGGGUGAUCUGUAGAGCAUCAUAUAUUUUUGAAAGAUCCUUUGUAAUGUUUUUUUUUUACAUGUAAUUGUAAAAUUGUAAUAUCACAGGCAGUUGACACAUGGAUGGUGUAGCCCUUUCUUCCCAAUUCUCCCGAGAAAUUACUGCAAUUUUUGGACACAGUAUCUAAUUAAAAACGCGAAUUUAUAGCAUUUUAUUCCUAUAAUCAGAUUUUAAUUCAACUCUCCAUUUUCGAUAAGUUUCAGAGAUUGGCCCCGAUCUACCGGUACAUAAAAAUACUUGCAUUUAAUGAGUCAUCUGUAACAUAAAAAACGAGAAUUUUAGAAUUUACUUCAGACAUCAGAAUGUAAAUUUAGGCAUGCUUUUCAAGAAAUUAAUUUGUAAUAUCCUAAUUUUUAGGGAAAAGGGUUGGAGAGGGUCUUACGCCAUCCAUAUGUCAUAAUAAGGUUCAAGAUGCUCUAUUUUUUAAAAA